CUUCGUCGUACAACGCUUGUGACGCAAGGUGACGCGUCGAUGUCUUGUUCGAACUCGAGGAAGAAACACAACGACACACUGGCUGCGUAAAGAAAUAAGAGUUUGCAGUUAMAUCGAAGGUUUACUACGAUCAGCAGUGGGCCCUUCCUGUUCCCUGGUACAUCUUGGUCAAAAUUCAAAGGGAAAUAUUAUGGAACAAAUCGAAGACCAUUCACAAGUAACUGAAAUCGAGAAUGGUACUGGCAUAAGUCAAGGUAAUCCAUCGAUCCAACAAAAUUCAUCACAAGGAAUACAAGGCCAAUCGGUCAUUCAGACAAAUCAACAGUCCGUCAUACAGAGCCCCCCUUCYACAGUACACCCUUCAAUACAAAACUCACUACAAGCUCAGUUGCAAUUGAACCAACAAGCAGUUCAAGUCCAAGCUGUUCCUGAAGGUACAGACGAGAAUGCAAUUGAUGAAGACAGUAAGAAAAGAAGAGAUAUCCUUUCAAGAAGACCGUCCUACAGGAAAAUCUUUAACGACCUGUCGAGCUCUGACAGUCCAUCAAAAAUCGAGACUAUUCAAGAAGAUAGUCUAGAGGCAUCAGAUCAGAAUAUUUCUGCAAUUUCAACAACAGCAAUUACCUAUCAGCAAGGAUCACAAACAGUUACUAUACCUGGAACAAUACAGAUAGUCACAAGUGGUGGAGAGGCUGUUCAAGGACUGCAGGCUAUGCCAAUAUCUGCUGGCAGUGGAGGAGCUCAAGCAACAGUAGUACAAUACCAGGCUCAACAGGACGGUCAACAAUAUAUUUAUACAGCAACUCCAGGAGAGGUACAGGUUCAAGUUAGCAAUACUGGUACAAUGUAUACAAUCCCAGCUGGCCAGCAACAGUACAUACGAGCUGGCCAACUGCAGCAAGGCUUGGUACUCAACUCAAGUGGAAUGUCUCCAAAUAAUCAACAAGUAGUUGCUGAAGAAGCUACAAGAAAACGAGAAAUGAGACUUAUGAAAAACAGAGAGGCUGCUAAAGAAUGCAGAAGAAAAAAGAAGGAAUAUGUCAAGUGCUUAGAAAACAGAGUAGCAGUUCUUGAAAAUCAGAAUAAAACUCUUAUWGAGGAACUUAAGGCGCUGAAAGACCUUUAUUGCCACAAAUCAGAGUAAUUAGUUGAGCAACUUUCAGCCUGCACAUUUUAUAAAGUUAAACUAUUUAAUAAUAAUGAUGUCUUUGCUUUGCCAAAAACAAUGACAAUCAAUUUGCUGACAGGUUAGCUCUUCAAGUUUUUACUUAUGUUAGAAAGUUUUUGAGUUUUAUGUUUUCUAAAGCAAGUAACGUAAUGCAUAUAUCUAUAUUUACAGUAUAUUUUGUACAUAAUAUUGUAAAUGCUAAUUGAAACAUUUUUGUUUCUUAAGCAGUCUGUACCAUAGUAGCCUUCAAUAAUGUUUUUGUGGGGUAUUAACAUUAUGUGAAAGAGCCAUGCUCUCGCCAGGGAAAAUUUGAUUUCUUGAUGAUUUUGCUAGUUUUAUCAAUUAUUUUCAUGACUGAGGUAGAUGCACAUAGUAAUUUAUGUAUUUUAUUUUUAUCACAAUGACUCUUGUCAGUCUUAAUCUUGUACACAUUGACAGAUUUGUGUUCUAGGAAAUGGUGCACUAAUUAGUAUUGUCAAAGAGUAUCAAUGAAACAAUCUGGUUCUUGACAAGGAGUCUCUUAGUAAAAGCGCUAAGUUCCAAGGUGUUUUUAAUGCAAAUAAGAUUUAACAACAAAAAGAAAAGUGACAAUCUGUUUGUGUAUGAUGUACAAUAUAAGUGUUAAAGUUCAAUAUAGAAUUAAAAUUGAACACUAAGAUAUAAUAUUAUGAUUGAAAAAAAUGACAACUUUUUAUCUAAAGAAAACACAUGUCAGUUGGCAAAAGUUUUACAGUGUAUUAAUUUAAAAAUAAAAUUAUUGGCCUGUA